UCAUUAGAAGUCGUGGAGUGUUAAUCACCGGUGAAGGUACCAGGCCAGGCAGCACCGGCUUCUUGUCGUCUGCCGGUGGACCAGUUCGGAUCGGAGGUGUUUUCGUUGCACAGGAUGACGGGAAACUACAAAGCCCUGAGGGCGAACCAUGAGGAUGUCUGGCAACGGUCUGCGUUACUGCGCACGGUGCUAGUGGUGGUGAUCGUGUUUUUCGUGCUAUUCUGCCUAAUGGGCUACUUCUAUCGGCCGGAAGUGGAAGAUAACACUCGGAACCAGCACCAAGACCAGGACGAGGCUUCCCACGAAGCUCUGCUGAGUCGUCUCAAGACCAUACUGAACUGUCGCACAGGAAGUCCACAGGUGCCGUGGAUUGACUCGGAGGUACCGUGGAUUGAAUCGCACGGUGGCUACUACCUGCUUCGAAACUUUGUCCAGGCGCUAGAACACGUUGAGUGCUACGAAACGGUAACGUACACCACACACGGUGACUAUACGUUCCUGGACAAUCUGAUACCGUUGCUCGAGCGUUGGCCGGCACCGGUCAGCGUUGCACUGUACGCUCCCGGAGACGAUCUCGAUCGGACGGUCGACCUGAUCCGUGCCAUGCUCAACUGCCACGUACGACGUCUGGUGGUCAACCGAUACGUAAGCAUCCAUCUGUACUUUGACUUCGAGCAUCUACCACCGCACCCGGUCAGUCACUACCGGGAGUUGAUGGCGGUACCGUACCAGUGCGAAAACGCAACCCGACUGGGAGGCGAGAGCUUCCGGAGAGCGCACAACCUCACCUACCCGGUGAACGUGGGCCGCAAUGUGGCCCGGAGCUUAGCCACGACACACUUCGUACUGGCGAGUGACAUCGAGCUGUACCCGAGUCCGAACUUUAUCCCCAUGUUUCUGCGCAUGAUCGCGCAUCCGUUCUAUCAGUACACCCUGCACGGUACUCCGUCCGUGUACGUACUGCCCGUGUUUGAGAUCGCUGCCGGCAGUGCGGUGAUCGAUGGGAUGCCAGAGAACAAGGCCCAACUGGUGGAGGCGUUGGGGCGCGGUGAUGUGAUCAAAUUCCAUCAGGACAUCUGCUCCAACUGUCACACGGUGCCCGGCUACGAGCAGUGGCUGGGUGUGCUGAAGGAUGACUACACGAUGGACAUCCUGACGAAGGGGAAACGUGAGUACGAGUUCGCUUACUGGGAACCGAUCUACGUUGGCACCAACCGUGAACCGGAAUACGACGAGCGGUUGAGCUGGGAGGGGAAGGCGGACAAAAUGACGCAGGGUUACAUCAUGUGCGUCAUGGGUUACGACUUUUACGUGCUCGACAAUGGGUUUCUGGUGCACCGGCCGGGAAUCAAAACGCCGGAAGAAGCGAACCGGCCACCGCAGCAGGCAGAGCAACGAUCCUUCAUACGCGAGACCAUUCGCGAAGAGAUCACCACACUGUACAAUACGCGAAAAGGAUGCAAAAUCUAGGACGGACCGAAGUUGUGGUAGACGAACGUGUUUAAAUGUAAUGUAAGAGUGAGCAGCUUCUAGUCAGCGUAACAGGAAAACAAAAUGCGCGAUCCGCAAUUUUUGUUUUGUGGUUUAUUCACAUACACACACACAUACACACACAGUAUAGUAUUGUAAACGGAGUAUUUAGUGUUGUACCUUAGGCGCAACCCGUCACGUUCUCUACGCCAUCGCACGCGUUGAUCAGUUCGUUGAAUGCCUGGUCCCGGCCACAGAAGUUCACCCGUGGCCUGUCGUUCACACACAGGAAGAACUUGUUGCAGUCGUUAGGUGCACGGAAGAAGCGAACCGGUUGCACCAAGUCGGGAGACUGCGGGGGACACCUGAAGCCAAGAUACGCUUCCGCAUCGCAAUCCUCCACCAGAUCGGGCCAAUCGCACUGAUAAGUCGCCGAGUCGAACGCCAACCCGGCGGGACAAUCGAGCACGUAACCGGUACCGCCGGCACAGUUAAUAAACUGGCCACAGUUUGCCCGAUCGCCAACCUUGUAGUAACCGAACUGAUGCGGACAGUCCUCCGUCGGAAUCGGGGGUUGGGUGCGCGAUCGGCUGCCACACUCUACGUCGAUCGGAUACUGGCAAGGAUAGGUAAACAGGGAAGCCUUCUCGUUGAAUAGCAGUCCAUCCGGGCAGAGUUGUCGUUUCGGUUCACCAUCCUGUAGAGAGAGCAGAUCCGUGUGAUCAAGGAGCAAAUACAACGAUCGACCGUACGAUUCUUACCACACACUCAAUGUACGCGUCGCACUCGCCUGACACGGGAAAGCGGCCAUUCUUCUCCGGACAAGACUGGCUAUGUGCUGUGUGUGGACAGACAAGGACAA